AUGGCAUUGAGUUUAUAUCUAAGGAUACCUUCGAGAAGGUUCUGCAACUUGUUAAACACAUCAGGGCAAUCCAACUACAGAGUUGUGAAUGGGAUCAGUCAUAAAUUGCUGUUAUCGAGGGGAUUGAUUACUUCUACUGUAGACUGGAAGCCCAUUAAGACAGAAAAAACACCCAAUGAGGAAUCCCAAAACAAGAGUACACUGGGGAAAAAGAUUGCCUUAGGCUUGAUGAUCGCAAUGCCUGUAAUUGCGUUUGGACUAGGGACAUGGCAAUUGAAGAGAUUAGCAUGGAAAACACAACUGAUAGCGGAAUGUGAAACGAAACUUACUUAUGACCCCAUAAAACUCCCCAAGAAUUUUACUGUCGAUAUGUGCGAAGACUGGGAAUAUCGUAAAGUUUUAUUGAAGGGUAAGUUCUUACAUGAACAGGAGAUGUUUGUGGGACCUAGAGUUAGAAAUGGUCAUAAGGGAUAUUAUCUAAUUACACCAUUUAUCAGAAACGAUACUGGGGAAAAAUUACUAAUCGAAAGAGGGUGGAUAGCAGAAGAGAAAGUACCACCUGAGAAUAGAACCCUUCACCAUUUAUCUAUGCCUGAAGGGAACAAUGUUGAAGUUGUUUGUUUGAUUAGACCACCUAAGGAGAGAGGCAGUUUACAAUGGGAGCAAGAGGAUAAGCAGUCGAGGUUAUGGCAGGUGGCUGACAUUUACGACAUGGCUGCAAAAGUGGGCUGUACACCCAUCCACUUCCAAGCCCUAUACGAUAUGAAAGAUCACCAUUGGGAUACAAACGAUGAGCAAAGUACAGCUAGUAAUGGUAAGUCAUCUUGGAAGUUUUGGCAAAAAAAUGAAGCUGAUAAACAACCCGUGAAACAACCAGUUAAACGGCCAACAUUUGAGAAAGAGUUUGACGAAUUACAAUUUGCCAGAGCAGGUGUACCUAUCGGAAAGCAACCAAAAAUAGAUCUAAGAAACAAUCAUUUGCAGUACCUGGUCACUUGGUAUGGUCUUUCACUAUUAAGUUCUAUCUUUUUAAUUGUUGCCCUGAGGAAAUACAAUAAAGGUACUGCCAUAGCACCAGACCAGUUGAAGAGUGAUAAACUAAAGCAUGCUAAAAAGUACAUGUAA